UGCCCGUGAUUUUCGUCUCUGCAAACAACGAACAGCAACAAGGCGCUCGCUCGCUGCACGGGAACCAACCACGAUGAUGUCUGAGGACGAGGGCAGGACGACGGGCAUGAGCGAAGAGGGAAAGGAGCGUGCAGAGGCCAGUGGUGCACAGGAGGCUGCAGAGGCAAGUCGUGCACAGGAGGCUGCAGAUAGUGCAGCAAGUGCUGCGACAACCGCCGACAACGACAAGAACAACAGUGGUGACCAAGCGUCGACAACAGAAGCUGACACAGAGAACAGCGAACACGAUGCCGGUGCGACGACGGAUACAGCUACAGCACCAGAGUCCAGCAGCAAGCAAAGCGCCGAGACGCUGGAGGCACUCUUCAACGAUGACGACGAUGGCGACGAUGACGAUGAUGAUGUGGCGAUGAAGAAACCCUCGACAAAGGCCGUGGGCCCUCUGGAGAGCGAUGAAGAGGAAGAUGACGAGCAAGCGCAAGCAGAAGCCACCCAAGAACCAAGCAACAAAGACCAGGACAGGCCUGUCUCCCCUACACCUGCACUGAGCCCGUCGCCUGUUGCCGAGUCAGCGCCUGCCGCAAGUGCGCGCGAUCUGAUUGGCGAUGUCUCCGAGGAUGACGACGACGACACCAAUGCGUUUGGUAUGGGCGGGUCGCAGACGAUGAUGAUGACUGGCGAGGACGAGGCGCCUGUGCUGAAGCCACGCGACCCGGUGUACGCACCAUGUUUCCUCAAGCACAUUGGCUCCAAGAUUUACCUCGCCAAGAUGCCAAACUUCAUCAGCAUCAACCCAAAGCCGUUUGAUGCUGAGACGUUUACGGCAGAGGAGAACGAGGAGUCGCACGUCAUGGACGACCUUGGCCGUCGCCGCGUCAAGCUCAGGCUGGAGAACACGAUCCGGUGGCGGCGCAACGACGACGGCGCGAUGGAGUCCAACGCGCGGCUGGUGCGCUGGAACGACAACAGCAUGUCCCUCAUCCUCGGCGACGAGGUGCACGACGUCGUGCUUACAGACCUCGGUGCGGGCGGGCCCGUGCAGCAGCUGCUGCAGACGCGGGAGGACGGGUCGGGGUAUGAGGCGCGCGCACCGUUUGAGCAGCGGCUGACGUUUAAGGCGGCGACGCUGAGCGGACGCACGCAGCAGCGGCUGAUGCACAGCGUGAAGACGCACUCGCGGGCCGUGCGACGCACGAAGACAACGGUGGUGAGCGAGAAUCCCGAGAAGGCGAAGCAGAAGGCGAUCAAGGAGGAGCAGGAGGCGAUUCGGCAGCGGAACAGGGAGCUGCGACGGCGCAAGAAGGCCAAGACGUCGCUCACUGUCAAGGACCUCGAGGGCGAAUACGGGUGGAGCAUCAACGCCGUCAAGGCCGGGGAUUACGACAACGACGAAGACGAUUACGAAGAUGAGGAGGAGGAUGAUGAUGACUUCCUUGCCGACGAGGAGGAGGUUGAGCGGGUGGAGCGAAGAGCAGCGCCGCGCGCGGCACCGAAAGCAAACAAGCGAAUUGUCCUUUCUGAUGACGAAGACGACGACGAUGAGUAGCACGCAAGCACCAGCCACCGUCGCGUGUGUGUGUGUGUGUGUGUUUUGUUUGUUUGUUUGUUUGUGUUUGUUUGCUUGUCGCUGUAUCUUGUUGGGCUGUUUGUAUUGUGGUUCUUGCGGUGCUUGUUGAAUACAUGCUUGCGUGUUUGCUUGUUUGAGGGAGCGUCGUUUAUGAACCAAAGGAUGUGUAACAAGG